AUGUCUCUCAGCGAUGCAGAUGUUCAAAAGCAAAUCAAACACAUGAUGGCUUUCAUUGAACAAGAAGCCAAUGAGAAAGCAGAAGAAAUCGAUGCCAAGGCAGAGGAGGAAUUCAACAUUGAAAAAGGGCGUUUGGUCCAGCAACAGAGACUCAAGAUCAUGGAGUACUACGAGAAAAAGGAGAAGCAAGUCGAACUUCAAAAGAAAAUUCAGUCCUCUAAUAUGUUGAAUCAGGCUCGUUUGAAGGUGCUGAAAGUGAGAGAGGACCAUGUCAGAGCAGUCCUGGAGGAUGCUCGUAAAAGUCUUGGUGAAGUAACCAAAGACCAAGGAAAAUACUCCCAAAUUUUGGAGAGCCUAAUCCUACAAGGACUGUUCCAGACCAAAUACACAGAAAUUCUUGAGAACCUAAUCCUGCAAGGGUUGUUCCAGCUGUUCGAGAAGGAGGUGACGGUCCGCGUGAGACCGCAAGAUAGGGACUUGGUUAGGUCCAUCCUGCCCAACGUCGCUGCCAAAUACAAGGACGCCACCGGCAAAGACAUCCUACUCAAGGUGGACGAUGAGUCGCACCUGUCUCAGGAGAUCACCGGAGGCGUCGAUCUGCUCGCCCAGAAGAACAAGAUCAAGAUCAGCAACACGAUGGAGGCUAGGUUGGAUCUGAUCGCUCAGCAGCUGGUGCCACAGAUCCGUACGGCCUUAUUCGGACGAAACGUCAACAGGAGAUUCACCGACUAAUUUGUCUCAAUUUUUCUUUUUUCUCGCGCGUUUUUACCACCGACAUAACCUAUACUAUCCAAAGCGCUAAAACUAAGAGUUCAUCCAUUUCCGAGAAUCAUUUGGGCGAAUAA